GGAGUCUACUGUCUACGCGAGCCGCCAUAUUGUCAUCCCCGAAGAGCCCAGAGCUUUUGCUCGUCUGCCAACCCCCCUGUCAAGUCACCAGUACCUGUUUGAGGCUGUCCAGCAUCACUUUUCAAGCCUCAACAGAAGCAACGCCACAUCCUCAUCAUGUCCGGUCCAGUCACUAGCAGAUCCCGGGUGUAUCCAGACGUAAACACACAGAGGCCUCGGGAAUACUGGGAUUACGAGUCACAUGUGGUCGAAUGGGGAAAUCAAGAUGACUAUCAGCUGGUGCGAAAGCUGGGCCGUGGCAAAUACAGCGAAGUGUUUGAAGCCAUCAACAUCACAAACAACGAGAAAGUCGUCGUCAAAAUACUGAAGCCAGUCAAGAAGAAGAAAAUCAAGCGAGAAAUAAAAAUUCUAGAGAAUCUGAGAGGCGGUCCCAACAUCAUCACUCUUCUAGACAUCGUCAAAGAUCCAGUGUCUCGAACUCCAGCUUUGGUUUUUGAACAUGUAAACAACACAGACUUCAAGCAAUUGUAUCAGACACUAUCAGACUACGACAUUCGGUUCUACAUGUAUGAGAUUUUAAAGGCGUUGGACUAUUGCCACAGUAUGGGAAUCAUGCACAGAGACGUCAAACCACACAACGUCAUGAUCGACCACGAACACAGAAAGCUGCGGCUCAUAGACUGGGGCCUGGCGGAGUUCUACCACCCCAGUCAGGAGUACAACGUUCGAGUGGCAUCUCGAUACUUCAAAGGACCAGAGCUAUUGGUGGACUACCAGAUGUAUGACUACAGUUUAGACAUGUGGAGUUUGGGCUGCAUGCUGGCCAGUAUGAUCUUUAGGAAAGAGCCCUUCUUCCACGGACACGACAACUACGACCAGCUCGUGCGAAUUGCAAAAGUGCUGGGAACUGAAGACUUGUAUGACUAUAUCGACAAAUACAACAUUGAGUUAGACCCACGGUUCAACGACAUUUUGGGCAGACACUCUCGUAAGAGGUGGGAGCGUUUUGUUCACAGUGAGAAUCAGCAUCUGGUUAGUACCGAGGCGCUGGACUUUCUGGACAAGCUAUUGCGUUACGACCAUCAAGCCCGUCUCACAGCCAGAGAAGCCAUGGAGCAUCCCUACUUCUAUCCCAUAGUGAAAGACCAGGCACGGAUGGGAUCCACAUCAGGACUGCCGACUGGCUCCACCCCAGUCAGCUCGUCCAGUAUGAUGACUGGUGGCAUCACGUCCAUGUCCUCAUCACAACCCCUGGCCAACGUCGCAGGAUCCCCGGUCAUCUCGUCUCCUAGCACCAUGGCAACACAGGUUCCCACGGCAACGGGGGCGCAGCCCUGAACUGACACUCUCUACCCUGCCUCCCUCCCUCCCUCCCCUUUUCUUGGACGCCAUUUUUAUGUUGAGUAUAAGAAACGAGACAAAAAGAAAGAGAGAGAAGAUUAGGUUCCGUUAAUGUUUUUUUUUUUCUCCCCCCCCUCCCUCAACCCCCCUCCAAAUGAUAUAAUUAUAUAUUGAGUUUCGGGCGGAGUCUUUGUCCGGCCUGAACUUUAGCUGCGUUCUUUCAUGAUGAUGGUGGUGUCUAGAGAUGCAACUACAAUGUAGAAAUUUAAACA